AUGUUAGCAACGGGAUGUUUUCUGCUGAAGGUGCUGGUGCUGGCAGGAACGGUCAUUGCGCUCCUGCCAGAGGAUCUGCUGGAGGAUCGCGCCGAUCACGUUCCGAUCAGCCUUCAGGAGGAAUGCGCUUCCAAAUGUCCGGACUUAGAUCUCACGCAGAAUCGAACGGACGACCUGAGUUCGGAGGUAGGAUGCGGCGUGAGAUGCAAGAUCGAUCAGUGUACAAAAGGCUGCGAAGCAUGGGAACAAGCGCUCGACACAAGCUGCCAAGCUGUUUGCAAUGGGACGCAAGAAUUGUUACCACCAAAGGAAUUGUACUGCGUUUUGGGUUGCCACGACGCGUUAAAUCGUUAUUUUCAACAGCUCAAAGCGGAAAUCGGCAUUCCACCAGCGCCGGCAUUGGUUGCGGAUUCAUUGACGGCGACAUCGCUCAGCCUCGAAUGGAAAGGUGUAGACAUAGACAGACGCGCUGGCAUUUCAUAUUUGGUGCAAUGGAGAUACGAAGAAUUAGCUGAGACGUGGCAAUAUUGCCGCAAUCAGUCAUGGGGCGAAGGUGAUCAGAUACUGGUCGAGAAUCUACAGCCGUACACGAAGUAUAGGUUUCGCGUAGCGCUACUACUCCUGAAAUCAUCGCAACACAAUCCAGAGCCGAUCGUCUCAGCACCGAGCGUGGUAAUAUUAACAUACGCGGCCGAUCUACCGACAUCAGCACCGGUAAUUGUAAGAGCGGCGGCGGUAGACAGUUACCGCGUCUCUGUGUCUUGGGAACCAGGCCCAUUCCCGAACGGGCCACUUUUGUCUUAUGUCCUGCGUCUGCAAGGGGUUGAACACAAGGGGUUGAACCAGCUUAAGGAUAUUCCAGUCUCCGAGAAUACCGAUCACUAUAUGUUUCAAAACCUCGAACCCAAUCAGAAUUAUUCUGUUAGUGUGACUAUGAGAAAUAGUGUCGGCGAGGGUCCGCCUGCAACUAUCUAUAUUUCUACGACUCCAGAACCUACCGUCAAGGAUACUCAACAACCGAUUCUCAUCCUCGGUGGUGAACAUUUGGUCAUGAAGCAGGGUGCUGAUAUGUUGGAUGAGCCUAGCGUCGUUUACGAAACCAAAAGUGUAAUCCGCGGCGUUGCAAUACACGUGGCAUCAGCUCAAUUAUUCGUUUCUACUUCGAUGGGUUAUGUGUACCGAACUUCGAUCAUCGAGCAAACCAUACCGAGAGCCAUUUUGAUCCCCAACGGAGUGAACUUCAAACCUUUGAGCCUUUCCGUUGACUGGCUGAAUCUUCACUUGUACGUCUUAGGAGAAGUAAAACACGCGACAACCGCGACGUGGCAAAUAGCCAGAUGCAAUCUCGAUGGCAAGAGUCUGACAGUGGCCGUAGCUGGAUUUCUAACUCGACCCUCACAUAUUGAGAUUGAUCCUUACAAUGGAUACCUUUUCUGGGUCACUAAAGCGGGAUUGUACAGAUUAGAUUUAGCCGUUAUCAGCAAUGGUGUGAAACAUGAGGUUCGACCAGAUUUAAUUCUCGAAGAUGCUCAUUUGGGUGCUUUUACGGUAGACCAUACGAAUUUUCGAUUGCUCGUUCCUGAUCACACUAAAAACACAGUUAUAUCUGUAUCAUUAGAUGGUCGCGAAGUUGUUAAUCUUCGCCCGAAUACGCAGAAACCGAAAUUCAAUAACGUUAUUUCACUAGCUAUGGCAAAUGGACUGUUCUACUGGACUAAUGGUGAAGAGGUCCUCACUGAAGGCUAUCAUGCUGGUCAAAACAGAUACUUCCACAAUUCCUAUCCUGACAAGUCUGACACUUCCUUCGUAAGCGUGACUGUAUUGAUGAAUGCAAGUCAGCCGGUUCCAGUGCCAGUAAAUCCACCGACAGGAGUGCAAGCUGUUCUAGGAGCGGAAAGAGCAAAGGUUUCGUGGCAAGCUCCUCACUUACUGGGCGGCCAAGGAAAGGGCGCCUGGCAAAACUGGUCAUACGAGCUCGAAAUCAAGGACGAAUCUACUGGCGAAACUAUUCAUCAAAAAGGUAUCGCCGGAUCGUCUCAUACUGUUCAUAAUUUGCGAGAAAGAUCGGAAUAUUCAAUCAAAGCCGCGGCCUAUACCAGCGCUGGCAGAGGACCGUGGUCCACAGAAUUUCGAGGACAAACCUUAAGAAACGGUUCACACGCGUCUAUCUUGUGGUCGUCGAAUGAAGGAAUUUUGAGAAGCGACGUAACUGGCGAAAAUAUCGACACACUAGUUAACAAGGCGAGUUUAAAGGAGUCCGAAAACGAAUUCCAUAUUGUUGAUAUUAGUUGGUACAAGGACGUGCUAUAUAUAGUGGGAAAUAAUUCCGCAUUGUAUCGUUAUAACGUCAGCAAUCAUCAGAAAACAAAACUCAACAUACAUUCGGUGGGAAGCGUUGCUGUGGACUGGAUAUCGAAAAAAUUAUAUUGGGCAAAUCCAAAACAGCAAAUUAUAACAAGAGCGAACCUGAAUGGGUCUCAGCAAGAGCCGAUGUCUAUCUUAGCAAUUGUAAAAGAACUCAUGAUUGACUCUCUCGAGGCGUAUUUAUAUUGGUCCACUGGUCACGCAGUGGAAGUUGCGCGACUGAAUGGUCAAGACAGAAGAUACUAUCACUUGGAUGAAAUUUUCAAUGGAAAACAAGUGAUGGGAUUAACUCUCGACACUGAAAACAGAUACGUUUACUGGAUCGUUCGGAGCUACGAAAGUGGAUCCAUUGUCUACCGUGCACCUACGUCCGAAAGAAUUUCAAUGAAUCAAAAAAUCAUUCCAGAAAAGAUUUCUGCUUUGCAACAUCCAAAUAUGCAAGGACCUUUGUGCUAUUUUUCUGAGCAUCUAUUGUGGCUACAGGACGACAGAAACGCAGUGAUCGGUGAUCUCUCCGGUCAGAAUACCGCGGUAAUCAAUGGAAUCACUUUGUCCAGCUUGUACAUGGUAGCCAUUGCGGAUCCCGCGCAUCAUCAGUAUCCAAAAAAUCUGACGUCAGAAACGGUGAUAGUUCUACCGAAUGCAGUUGAUUUCGAUAGCAUAAGAGUUGAAGGUACUUGGAGAAACUUCAACAUAUCAUGGGACCCCGUGAAGAACAUCAAUUAUGGUACGGUUUUUUAUGAGGUGAAAUUCGCGGAUUAUAUUAAUACGAAUUCAAACCCGGAAAUCACGAUCGAAACGACAAUGCCAUACAACAAUUCGGAUCAGAUCCUGCCCUAUUCUGUUCUGGAAGUCACUGUAAAGGCAUUUACUUAUUGGGAAACGGCGCACCAUUCUCGGAAAAUCCUGAGAUCUCCACAGAGCGUACCGAGCCAGCCAACAUCUCCCAGAGCAUUCGUAGAGUUUAGCAAGAAAAACGUACACAUGGAUAUGAAAGUUUGGUUGAUAUUUAGAUGGGAUCCGCCCGAGUUUACAAAUGGAGUAAUUCAAGGAUACAUUGUCGAAUGUUGGCAUGUCGUAAACGAAACGGAACUAUUUAUCUGUAACAAUUGCAGCAUCGAAACUACCACGUUGGAGUAUGCGACGUCUAAUGUAACAUCUAACAUGACCUAUUAUUGCAAAGUAAGAGCAUAUACUAAAAUCGGUGCUGGUCCUUACACGGAUCCUAUCAAUGUGUCGACCACAUACGAGAAUCCGGUGCCCAAAUUAUUAGUCGCCACAAAUGACGCUGUGAGAUUGUCAGAUUUGGAUAGAGAAAUCAAUAAUACGAUCACCAGGCACGUUGCGAAAGAGAUCGAUUACUUGGGAGAGGAAGAUAAGAUUUACUGGAUCAGCGAAAUGCAAGAAUUGGUGACAUCAUUGACAAAUGGAACCAACGUGACAAAAAUACUCAGUCUAAAUAGAACCAAUACGCACAGCCUCUGCGUCGAUUGGAUAGCAAGAAAUCUAUACUGGGUGGAAGGCGAAAACAAAGACAAUAACAGAAACAGUUACAUCAAAAGAUUGGAUUUAACAAUGUUGCAGGCAGGCAUAAUCAAGUACAAAAAUAUCUUAAGAAGAGGAGGAAGUAUUACAGUUUUAGAUAUCUUGCCAUCUCUGGGGUCUUUAUAUUGGAUUGAGCCAAAUGACAGUAUAAUGCAGUCGGAUUUCGAGGGAAAAAAUGUACAAUACUUUUUUGGAAAUAAUGAUAGCACAUGUACUUGUCCACAAAAACCAAAAAAUGUAUUCACAUUCACAAUUGACAAAACCAAUAUUCAAACACCGAUGAUGUAUUGGACAUCGGAUGAGAAUCGAUUAAACGUAGCUGAUAUUUACGGCUGCACGUGCGAAAUGAUAUUAAGAGCAAGUUCCAAUAUACAGAUUUUAACGAUCGAUAAAAUGAACAUAUACUGGUACGAUGGAAAAAAUCAAAUCCAUUUUUUGAGAAAGAAAUAUUUCUUCAUGGAGGACAAGGAAUAUGCAUCUAAUCUGGAAGUGAAGAACUUCUACCUACCUAAUGUAAAUCGAAUCACAGCCUUUGGUACAUCCUUGCAACCCUAUCCCAUCACGAAAUGUCUGAUACCCCAUCAAACGAGCUAUAAUGUUGAGAGGGUGAACGAAACAGCGAAUAGCAUCAUUGUUAAUCUUCCGGAACCCAAUCCUGAAUACGGAUGUCAAAAAUAUAGUUUACCCACUACAUUGUACACUAUCAAUGUAUCUCAUUGUUUGAAGAAUGAAUCCAAUAAGUGUGAGGAGAUCAGUGUGCAGACGUAUGAGAGGCGUUAUGAGAUUCAGAAUUUAAAGCCAUUCACGGAAUAUAAGUUGAAAUUGGCACUAAGCAAUUUAUACGAAAAGACAUUGGAAUUCGGCGAGGAGGUGGUGCUGAAGACCAGCGUAGGCAAGCCCAGCAGGCCGGAGAAUGUUACGAUUCAGGCUCUAACACCAACGUUGGCGGAGGUCUACUGGAUGCCACCCAAGAUGCUGAACUCCGCAGUGGUGCACUAUGAGGUGCAUUGGAGGUCAAAUGAUCUUUUGCAGAACGGCAUGCGACAAAAGGGCGAGCAAUUAAUCGAGGAGCCUAAACGCAUGGCGGAUGGCAGAUUUUUCACAACACUGCAGCCGUUGUUGCCAGGGCAGGAAUACCUGGUGUACGUUCGCGUGUAUCCUGUAAAUUUCAACGACUUUUACAACGACAGUUUCAGGCAACGCAUCCGCAUGUACUCAGAACCAAAUAAUUUAAUAAUGAACGGAGUCAGCGUAAACAGCAUGAAUAUAUCUUGGAUCCCGACCGUUAAUCUAACGAUUGGUUACAUAUUGGAAUACCAGGACGUUGCAAUGGAGAAGUGGCAAGUCGUGCAACACAUCGAAGUGAACGAGGACCAAGUGAUGUAUCAUUUAGAACAUUUGCAGCCACGUACUUUAUACAAGUUUCGCUUGAGGCUAAAAUAUCCCAAGUAUCAAGAUUUCAUAUGGGAACCAUCCGAUGGGAGAUUUACAUUUCAAACACUCGGUGAUGUCCCGAGUACUCCAGGGGUGCCUGUGGUAACAAAAUUCCGAAAUUCCGUGUAUCAAUUAAAUUGGGAACCCGCGCAAGCUCAUGGCUCACAGGUAACUUUGUAUCGAUUAGAAGGCUUGAUCAUCGACGACAGUUACAAGCAAGAUGACGGGAGUAAAGAGAACGAGCAAUGGGAUUUAUAUUAUAAUGGAACGGAUAAUUAUUGGAUAAUCCCUGGAGACGUGGAUCAGAAGUAUAAGUUUCGUGUGCAAGCCAAAAACGCUUACGGUUUUGGUGCUUGGAGUAAAUCGAGCGCGAUUAUUGAUCUAACGGAAUCUGCUGGAGGAAUAUUGGCUACACAACAACAUCUACCGCUGAUGCUGGGCCUCAUCGCGAUCGUUAUUACCAUAAUGUUCGUGUGCUUUUGUUAUUUUUUCUGCCCAGUAUACAGACAACGGAAAGAAGACAAGAAGACAGUUUUACCUCCAAUAGUGUCCGAUGUCGAAUUAGCGACCCUCCGCGAGAUCCCUCGCGGAAAUUUCGUUCAAUCUAACGCGCUUUACGCGUCUACGUUACAAAAUGAUCCGGAUGAUUCUGCACUGCCCAAAAUCAGACAAGAGCAAAUCACGCUGGCAAAGUUCCUAGGCAGCGGCGCAUUCGGAAAAGUAUUUCAAGGAAAUGCCAAGGAUUUAGAAGGACCAGGCAUAACGCCCGUUGCCAUAAAGAUGCUACGAAAGGAUGCCUCUUCGCAAGAGAAGACAGAAUUUUUGCAAGAGGCAAGGCUCAUGAGUCAUUUUCGUCAUAAACACGUGCUGAGGUUACUGGGCGUUUGCUUGGAUACAGAUCCUCCGUUACUCGUGUUGGAAUUAAUGGAGGCUGGUGACUUGUUAAGUUAUUUAAGAGAGAGCCGAUCCUUGCAACUCACAGAUCCGCACGCUCUGCGUCUGCAAGAUCUGCUCGCUAUGUGCGAAGACGUUGCGCGUGGCUGUCGUUACCUGGAGGAGUUGCACUUCGUACACAGAGAUCUCGCGUGUCGAAAUUGUCUGGUGUCUGCGAGAGAUCGCGAAAAUCGUGUCGUAAAAAUUGGCGAUUUCGGACUAGCCAGAGAUAUUUACAAGAAUGACUAUUACCGCAAGGAAGGAGAAGGUUUGCUUCCUGUUCGCUGGAUGGCACCGGAAUCCUUAGUGGAUGGGGUAUUCACUUCACAGAGUGAUGUUUGGGCAUUCGGGGUACUAAUGUGGGAAAUUACGUCAUUGGGUCAACAACCCUAUCCUGCCAGGAAUAAUCUGGAAGUGUUACAUUAUGUGCGUGCGGGCGGCAGGCUGCCGAAACCUCUCAACUGUCCUCCGACGUUACAUCAGCUGAUGCUGCGUUGCUGGAGUGCAGCAGACGCCAGACCGAGCUUCAAAAUUUGUCUCGAAAGCAUCGUCGUUUUGAGAAGUCACAUAGAAGACGCGGUGCUGAGCCCAGUGCAUGCUGGACAUUAUCUGGCACGCAGAGGCAACUCGUGGAAGUCCAGUAGUUCUGAGGGAAGCCGAGACAUGCAACCUUUUUUGCAAAAUUCAAACAACGCUACGCUCAAUCCGCAAUCCGGCGAGGCUCCAAAGUAUUUAGAAUUAUUAGCGGAUAACGAGGAUAUCGUCUUAAGGGAGAAUCCUACGAAUGGUUACGAAGUACCCCGUUCAAUUCACAUCUCGGAUCAGAACCUAGCAAAUAUAAGCAGGAUUAGUAGCACGAGUCAUAAUCGUAAGAGCAGUCUGCCUAUGGAGACUACAGAAGAGCAAAAGGAACGUUCGAUGGAAGAACAGAAGCAAUCUGACAGAAAGCUGUACAAAAGAUCAUCGAUCACUAGUUUAAACUUACCGGAUCGAAAGGGCAUGUCAAUUUCAGGAAUGCUGAAUAAAUGCAAUACCUUGGACAGCUCGAAAUCGGUGAACUCGAUCGCGAAAGUGACUCUGAAAAGGGACUCCUUCUCAUCCUUGAAUGGCCAACGAAAGUACAAGACCAGCUUGGGUGAGCGAAGGGACUCCGAGGCAAGCAUUGAAGGUAGAAGUUGUAGCUCGCAUAGCCUGGCGCCUUCCACACGUCCUAGUUCGUCUCUGAUCAAUUCGCAGACGGUCCUUUCGUCCCUGAAGAGCAACGCCGUCGUCUCGAACACCGUGAAUGGGGAAGUGCCUUCGGGCGAGAGCGUGGUGACGAAGAGUAUGUUGCCGAAGGUCCAGAGGACUCACUCGAACUUGCAGAAUGGCAAGGCGAAUAUACCGCUCGUGAUAAAUAGCACGUUGCUGAAUUUACUGCGGCAGACGCCCGUCGUCGAAGACGGUAGCAACAUCGUCACGUAUACAAAUAUAAACGUGGAUGCAGUCAGAGUGAAUGGAUCGUGAGUCGCCGACCGUGGCAAAUCUAAAGAUUUAUGCAAACAUUUCGUAUAAAUAAGCGAGAUUCGUACGAAUCGCUUCUGAGCUUGAAUGAUGUAAAUCGAGGCAAUUAAAUAUUCCAAUAUUUAUAAAGUAUGACAAUAGAUUCUAUACACAUCUACUCAUACUAUUUUUAAAGCAAGAUUUUUUUUUAUAUGAUUACUCCAUAGUAGAUCUAUUCUUUUCCAGAAAUUAUCCAGGUGGAUUUGCCUUGUAGCUAUGAAAAAUUACUCGAGACAGUCGCUACGAUUUUGCUCAAAUUUUUUUGUUUCUUUUCUUUUUUAUUCGAACGCAGUGCCUUAAAUAUAUCAAACUACAUACGCUCAUACAUUAAGCUCUGCUUAUACCAUUGAUGCCCAAGUAUUUCAUAUGUAAAGAUAAAAGAAAGAAAGAGCGGAGUUGACAAUAGCUUUAAACUGCCAUUUUAAUGUACAUACAUGAACUUUUAUACUCAAAAAUUUGUCGCGUAAAUAUGGCAGAUCGUUUUGGAACGUAAAAAUUUUGCAACUUUAGUAAUAAU